GAUUAAAAAAGCAACGUGACAAAUUUUGACGGCGCCUCUAACUAAGAAAAACACGUACCCUUUUCUCUUCACACCGACACAAACAUCUAAAAGACAACAUUUUUCCUGAAAUGUUGGGACGAAUCCAUGUCUCCAUUCCUGCCAAAACCACUCAAUUGUUUUCCUCAAAACCUCACCCAGGUUUUGUAAGAAUAACUCUUCUUCAUUUUUGCAUCUCCAUCACAAAUAAACUUACUACUUUCUUUCCUGCUUCAGUGUCUCAACUUCGAGCCUCUGUCACCACCAAAACAACCAGAAAAAGCUUGCAGCUUCAGCACGUUCCCGAAAUUGAAACGGAAAACCAUCAGAAAGGGAUCGCAGGAUUUGCACUUGCACGCGCAAGAUCAAAUGAAUCGGUUCAAAGUGGUGAAGCCCCUGCCAACUGGGAAAAGGUUCUUCAAGGAAUUCGCCAAAUGAGGAGUUCUGCAGAUGAACAUGAACCAGUUGCACACGAGGAAACUGCUGAUAAUACUGUUCUUCCUAAGGAAAGAAGAUUUGCUGUCCUUGCAUCUUCCAUUUUAUCAAGCCAAACUAAGGGGCAUGUUUCUCGUGGAGCGGCUCAGUGUCUUCAUGAAAAUGGCCUGCUUACCGCAGAAGCAAUGAACAAAGCUGAUGAAGAAACCAUCAAAAAGUUGAUUUACCCUGUUGGAUUUUAUACAAGAAAAGCCAGUUACUUGAAGAAAGUUGCUAACAUUUGCCUCAUGAAGUAUGAUGGAGACAUACCUAGCUCAAUUGAGGAACUACUCUUGCUGCCAGGAGUAGGUCCUAAGAUUGCUCAUCUGGUUAUGAUUCGUGGAUGGAACAAUGUCCAAGGGAUAUGUGUAGAUACUCACGUCCACCGCAUUUGCAAUCGUCUUGGGUGGGUUUUGAGAUCAGGCUCAAAAGAGAAAACUUUGACACCAGAAGAAACCAGACAAAGGCUGCAACUAUGGCUUCCGAAGGAAGAAUGGGUUCCAAUAAAUCCUCUUUUGGUAGGAUUUGGACGAUCAAUUUGUACUCCUCUACGACCUCACUGUGGAGAGUGUAGUGUGAGUAGCUUCUGUCCAUCAGCAUACAAGGAGGCUUCAAGCUUUUCAUCCAAGUCCAGAAAAAUUACAUUGAACAAGAAGCCUUAAUCUAGUCUAUUGGAGCUGAUAAAUUCAUGUGGAAGGAUUUGACCUUAUGUAAUUUCAGUGUUGAUAAGAACAUCAAAUACUGACCUUCUGAAAUUAUUCAUUUCAUUUGUAAGCUGAAAUAUUGCUUUAAAGGUUUAAACUAAUGAUCUUCUGAUUAUAAGAUAAUAUAAAAACACUAUCAUGUGAAGACUGCAACAUCUUCAUUUUGAAAACAAUACUUAUUACAUCUCACAUAACUUUAUUGAUGUACUUGAUUUAUUAGAUUUUUUUUUAGAUUAACUUAGACGAGGUUGGAGACAUUGUUCCGUAAACUGUAAUCAUAAUUUCCAUUAUAAGUUGGCUAUAAAAAGACAGUCUUUCCUGCAUCUUAUAACUAUUUUUACUUCACACACAUCUUUCUCCGUCACCUUUACCAAAACCCACCCAAAUAUAUUUAUGCUGUUUA